CACAGCCAAAAGGAAAACAAUAGUGUACGGACCCGACAUCUGUAAACAACCGAACAACUGGUUAUCACCGGAAUUCAUCCACAACGGAACGCAGGAGGAGUUUGUAAAUUGUGGAUCUGAACACACGAAACAACAUUACAACAAGUAAUAUGAAAGUCAACGUGAGAAUUCGUGGGGAAUGGCUGUUAAUUCCUUGUCGAAAUAACAAAAAUAAUAACACGAUCGAUUGGUUGUGUCAGGAAGCACUGCGUAGAUACAUCAAGCAGUGCGAUUACUCGGGAGAUGAUGACCACGUUGUUGAAAUGCGGAAGACUCAAGGAGGAAGCCUUCUCUUCCCGUACGAUGCAAUUGAGGAUGUCUUAGAUGAAAACGAUUUUGUUUAUGCCGUGCUUAAGAGUGACCUGAAAAAAAAUGUUAGUGUGGAGGAAACCACCAUGAAUGGAAUCCAUUAUCCAGCAUCCAUCCAUCAAGCUAAAGAUUACAUUGAACUUGAUGGUAAUUCCCUGUUGCCUGGAGAUCUCAUUCGAUUGGGAAAAGGUGAACUUAAAAUCAAGUUGAGUGAAAAAGCUGAAAAUGCAGUGUCAAAAGCAAGAGAUCUAGUCAAUUCCAUUGUUAAGAACAAUAAAGUUGUAUAUGGCAUCACCACAGGCUUUGGAAAAUUUGCAAAAGUUGUCAUCCCACGAGAAGAUAUAGUGGAACUGCAGCUAAAUGUGAUAAGAUCCCAUGCCUCUGGUGUUGGGAAGCCAUUACCACUUGAACAUGUACGGAAGUUGUUGGCUCUAAGGAUUAACGUUCUUGCCAAGGGACAUAGUGGAAUAUCUCCAUUUGUUCUCCAACAGAUUAUACAGGCAUUUAAUGCCAACUGCUUGCCAUGGGUACCUGAGAAAGGGACUGUUGGUGCUAGCGGCGACUUAGCGCCCCUUGCUCACCUUGCUCUUGGCAUGAUAGGGGAAGGGAAAAUGUGGAGUCCAAAAAGUGGCUGGGCAGAUUCUCGAUAUGUGCUAGAGGCCCACGGACUAAAGCCAGUAUCUUUGAGAGAAAAGGAGGGUGUGGCAUUAAUAAAUGGUACACAGUUAAUUACUUCCAUUGGUUGUGAAGCUCUUGAGAGAGCCACCAUGGUUGCUAAGCAGGCUGACAUCGUUGCUGCCCUUUCUCUAGAAGUACUGAAAGGAACGAACACUGCUUUUGAUAGUGAUAUCCAUAGAGUCAGACCGCACAAAGGUCAGGGUAUGGUAGCCCAUCGUCUGCGCUCCUUGCUUCAUUCGGAUCUGUAUCCGUCAGAAAUUGCAGAAAGUCAUCGCUUUUGUGACCGUGUACAAGAUGCCUACACUCUCAGGUGUUGCCCACAAGUACAUGGAAUUGUACACGAUACUCUCGAGUUUGUGCGAGGUGUUAUAACAAUAGAAAUGAACAGUGCAACAGACAAUCCAAUCGUUUUUCCUGAGCGUGGGGAGAUUCUAUCUGGGGGUAACUUCCAUGGUGAAUAUCCAGCCAAAGUAUUGGAUUAUUUGGCCAUAGCUGUACAUGAGCUUGCCAGUAUGAGUGAAAGACGACUAGAGAGACUUGUGAAUCCAGCUUACAGUGAACUCCCAGCAUUCCUUGUCAAAGAUGGUGGCCUUAAUUCCGGCUUCAUGAUGGCGCAUUGUACAGCAGCUUCACUUGUGUCUGAAAACAAGGUACUGACACACCCAUCAUCAGUUGAUUCCCUUUCUACAAGUGCUGGAACAGAGGAUCAUGUUUCCAUGGGGGGUUUUGCUGCUCGGAAGGCACUUCAGGUGGUGGAACAUGUUGAACAAGUUAUUGCAAUUGAAUUAUUGGCUGCCUGCCAAGCUAUUGAAUUUCUCAGACCCUUGAAGACUACCGAGCCUUUAGAAGCACUUCAUAAAUUAGUACGCUCACACGUAAAACCAUGGGACAAGGAUAGGUAUUUUGCCCCUGACAUAGAACUUUCUCAUCAGCUAAUCAAAGACGGAAAGGUCUGGGAAGUUACUGAACCAUAUAUGAAGAAAUACUUCAACGAACAAUUGAAAGAAACGAGGUCAUUCUCUCCAACUACGAGCUCGCUCACUCCGAAAAAGAAACGUAAACUCACAAAGUAGCACAUUACAACAUACAGUGAAUCGACAAACUGAACUGUCGACAAAUUUGGUUAAUAAACUGGAAAUCCAUGAAAUGAAUAUUCCAAUAUGAAUGAAACUAUUUUAUAUAUUUAUUAGUAUGUACUAAGCCCUUGUUCAGAUAUUGUAAACAUAAAUACUACAAUUACGCUGGUUUGGGCUAGAAAAUAUUCUACUGAUGUUUUCAAUUUCCUUGAAAGAUUCUACUCUGUUUCCACGUUCAUAUCUGCAUUUGUUUUUUUACAUUUCUAUUUAUUACUCCACUACUUUAUUCAAUCCAUGCAAUAUGUAUACUCUUGUGCCUUGGAUCAUUUAUUUUGUUAUUAUUAUUAUUAUUAUUAUUAUUACAAAAAAAGUUAUAUUACCUUUGUCAUACUUUUUUAGUUUUAGGCCUACAAAUAAAACUGUUGAUUAAAAUAAACCUUCUAUAGCUUGAAAGAGUCAUCAAGUAUAAACAAUAUUAUCUCAACUUUUUCAAUACCGUAAAUGAUCUAAUAAGCGCCUCUCUCAGAUGCCAAACAUGCUAUUGUUUAAUAUCACUAUAGUUAUAUUCGAUUUUGUUGUAAUGUUUCGACUUAAUCCAAAGUGUGCGUUACAAUAUUCCUUAAUGUUUUAUAUCAUUGAGAAAACAACAAAUUUCACAAACUUAUCAAUACUAACAUUGGAACAAGUCAAAUAGGCCUCUGUACAGCACAUGAUACAAGUUUACCACCCCAAUAAUUUGUAAGUGCCACUCCCCUAUGAGCUCCUCUUUUAAAUUAAUGCUGCUCUGAAGCCUCAAAUAAUGUUAUAAGCACUGCAGUGCUUAUUAGGUCGUUUAUUCUAUUUCAAAAAGUGAGAAAGUGUUACCACGAACUAGAGGGCGUCCUUCAAAAAGGCGAGCCUCUAUAAUAGGAACUCUAGGCGAGCUUAACGUUUUUAUUUUUUGCAUACAAAAUCAGAGCAGUCGGACAUCUUGCAUUUCUAUACAUAUCAUAUUUUAUAUACUUUGGUGUUACAUUGUAGAAUAUUAACAUUUUUAAAAUGUGUUAAAGAAUACCGUAGUGAGGGGAAAUAAGUCUAUGGGGGAAAUGCAUUUUAAUAUAAAUUCGUAAUUGUUUAGCGUAUUACGUUCACAAAGUUUGAAAUUCGUUGAUGGUAGCCGUGUGUUAAACAAAAAAAUGAAUAAAUAUAAUAAAAAUGAAA